UGCCCUCCCACCCCGCGCCAUAAAUUGGGUUUCCACAUUUGCAACGCCACAUUCCCACUCCGAGAGACCCUACACGAAAUCUUGGUAUAUGCCCCCACCCCUUGGCUAAAACUUAAAACCUUUUUGGCUAGCGACUUUGCAUUUUUUCUUCUUUGAAUUCUGGAGUGUUAUCGUUUUUGUGUCGUGAGAGAAAAUGGAGCUCUCUGGUUCAUGCAGCAAUGGAUCACCAUGGUCGAUCUCAAGAUUCAUCAGCCAUGCCAUUUUUCUGGCCUUCUGGCCUUCUCUUAUCUGCUUUAGCUCUACAGAUGCUUAUGAUCCGCUAGAUCCAAAUGGAAACAUUACAAUAAAAUGGGAUAUUAUUAGCUGGACCGCAGAUGGAUAUCUUGCUAUGGUCACUGUGAACAACUUCCAGAGGUAUCGUCAUAUCCAAGCACCUGGAUGGAAAUUGGGAUGGAAAUGGGCAAAGAAAGAAAUAAUAUGGGACAUGGUUGGUGGUCAAGCCACAGAGCAAGGAGACUGUUCAAAGUUCAAAACAAACAUCCCUCAUUGCUGUAAGAGGGACCCCACAAUCGUAGAUUUGAUGCCAAGUACUCCUUACAACAAGCAGGUUGCAAAUUGCUGUCGCGGCGGAGUCCUUAACUCGUGGGUGCAGGAUCCAGAAACUUCUAUUAGUGCAUUCCAAAUAAGUGUAGGUCAAGCUGGGACGAGUAAUAAAACUGUUGUAUUCCCCAUGAACUUCACCUUUAAGGCUCCUGGUCCAGGAUAUACGUGUGGGCUCGCUAAACAUGCGAAGCCGACCAAGUUUAUGACACCUGACAAAAGGAGAUCUACUCAAGCUAUGAUGACAUGGAAAGUGACCUGCACAUACUCACAAUUCUUGGCGCAAAAGACGCCAACUUGCUGUGUAUCAAUGUCUUCCUUCUACAAUGAUACAAUCAUCCACUGCCCCACUUGUACUUGUGGCUGUGAAAACAACAUAAAUCAACCCGGGACUUGCAUAAGACCGGGAUCUACUUAUGUGCCUACAACACUUUCAACUUCAAGUUCAGGAAGGAAUGAUUUGGCACCUUUGGUCCAGUGUACUGAUCAUAUGUGUCCCAUCCGAAUCCAUUGGCACAUUAAGCUCAACUAUAAAGCGUACUGGAGGGUGAAGGUCACGGUUACAAAUUUCAAUUACAGAAUGAACUAUUCACAAUGGAAUCUUGUCAUUCAGCACCCGAACUUCGACAAUCUCACUCAGAUUUUCAGCUUCAACUAUCAGCCAAUAAUGCCAUAUGAAUCCAUAAACGACACUGCCAUGCUCUGGGGAAUCAAGUUUUACAAUGAUCUACUUAUGCACGCUGGGCCUUUAGGUAAUGUACAAUCUGAGAUGAUCUUCCAGAAGGAUAAGUCAAAGUUCACUUUCGAAAAAGGGUGGGCGUUCCCUCGGAGGAUUUACUUCAAUGGUGACAACUGUGUAAUGCCGCAACCAGAUUUAUAUCCCUACCUGCCAAAUGCCAGUGCCCGGACAGUUGUAUAUCUUCUUCUUCCUCUGAUAGCAAUCACAACAUCUUUGGUUCUACUGUUAACCUGUCAGGUUCAGUAAUUACUAAUGAAAUUAACUAGUGCAGUUUUUGUUAACUAAGCUUAAGUUAGUGGUGGGAAAAGUGACUAACAGAUGCUCCGCUGCUCUCUCUCUAUUUGAGCUAAAAAGAGGCGGCUUUGAGUUGUUUUAGAACAUCAAGUUAGGAUGGAUUAUAUUGUGGCUAUUUAUUGUAUAGGUUAAAUGCUUUGUGGUCUGUGUUUUAAGAAUUUCCACCCUAUAGUAGUUGGGACUAGACAUUUGGCUUGCAUUGGUAAUUGACCUUACCCAGUCCCACCAAUGCUUUGGCUGAGCGUACCGAGUAACCGAGGUGCUAGACCAAAGAGUCUGUUGUCUAGCUAGUGACCAUGGCUUUGUAAAAUAGUCUGGUAAUAUAUUUUGUGUUUUCGAUAUAUUUUGCGUAUUCUUGAGUGUGUAAAAUGUUGUGGUG